AUGUGCGACUGCGGUCCGGGCCAGUUCGCGUGCACGAGCUUCGCCGAAGAAGGAACCAACUGCAGCUGCAUACCGGCGCGAUGGCACUGCGACUCGGACGACGACUGUGGGAACGGCAGCGAUGAGCUAGGAUGCGCGCCCCGCAACUGCACCCAUGAUGAAUUUGAAUGCGAUAACGGGCGCUGUAUUCCCAAGUCCUGGCACUGCGACGGGUACGAUGACUGCGGGGACACCACGGACGAGAUCUGCCCGGUCCGGCUGUGCGGGGAAGCUGAAUUCCGGUGCAUGACGGGCGGCUGCAUCUCACUGGCCUGGCGCUGCGAUAAAGACAUCGACUGCGUCGACGGCUCGGACGAAGGUGGUUGCACCGCUUUCACGUCUAACCUGUGCCUGGCUGAAGAUUUCCAGUGCCGCAGUGGCCGCUGUGUAGGCAUGAACUAUCGCUGCAACGGGGACAACGACUGUGGUGACUGGUCUGAUGAAGAAGGCUGUGAGGGCAAGAGUGCGUGCCAAGAAGGCGAGUUCCGGUGCGAGGACGGCUUCUGCAUCAACGUGGACUGGAAGUGCGACGGCGACGCUGACUGCGACGACCACUCGGACGAGCGCGACUGCCCGCCGCGACAGUGCUCCGCGCACGAGUUCCAGUGCCUGUCGGGAAAGUGCAUACAACUGGAGUGGCGCUGCGACGGAGACUUCGACUGCUCGGACAACAGCGACGAGGAUGGAUGCGGUACGCACUUCAUAUCUCCGAAUGUUGCCUGCGACCCCGGCCACUUCCGUUGCCUAGACGGGACGUGCAUUGUGGAGCGGCUUGUGUGCAACGGGACACCGGACUGUCCUGACCGCUCGGACGAAGCUCAAAACACGACCUGCAAAACGAGCACUCCAUGCCGGGAGGAUGGCUUUCCCUGCCAGCACCAGUGCAUGGCCACCGCCACGGGUCAGCGCUGCUCCUGCAAGGAGGGGUACCAGCUGGCGCCAGACGGACGUUCCUGUCUGGACGUGGACGAGUGUACGUACGAAGGAACCUGCAGCCAGGCCUGUGUAAACACGGUGCCGAGCUUCCAGUGCCUUUGCAAGGAGGGCUACAGGUUGCGGGAUGACAAGCGACACUGCAAGGCACAAGGUUCAGAGGCCUACGUGGUGUUCGCCAACGGCGCCGACAUCAGGCGCAUCACGAUGGACAAGUCGGAGUACACCUCCGUGGCGGCCAAGCUGCAGAACGCCGUGGCGCUCGACUAUCAUCUAGCGCAGGACACGCUCUUCUGGUCCGACAUCACCGUCGACGUCAUCCGGGCCUGCAGCCUCAGCAACUGCACCGCCGACAGCGUGCACACCGUCGUAUCGCGCGGGCUGGGCAACCCUGACGGGCUGGCCGUGGACUGGCUCAUGGGGCGCGUCUACUGGACCGACUCCGGCAUGGGCCGCGUCGAGUCCGUGGACGUCGACGGCCAUCAGAGGAGGGCGCUCGUCUGGAAGGACCUGGACAAGCCGCGAGCCAUCGUUGUCUACCCGCAGUUCUCGACCGUGUUCUGGACGGACUGGGGCGCUCGACCCCGCAUCGAGCGCAUCUACACCGACGGGUCGGGUCGGCGUGCCAUCGCGGACACUUCGCUGUUCUGGCCCAACGGGCUGACGAUCGACUACGGCAGUGACCGCAUCUUCUGGGCGGACGCCAAGCAUCACCAGAUCGAGAGCGCCGACCUGGACGGCGCCAACCGCAAGAAGGUCAUCGAAGCGGGUCUGCCGCACCCAUUUGCGGUGACCAUAUUCGAGGACAUGCUUUACUGGACGGACUGGCAAACCAAGAGCAUACACACUGCCACAAAAUUCGGCCAGCACGAGCCGUCCAUCUUCCACCCCAAGCUAUCAUUUCCCAUGGACAUCAAAGUGGUCCAGAGUCUGCGCCAGCCGGACGGAUCGAAUCCUUGCACGCUGAGCGACAUCAAGUGCAGCCACAUCUGCGUUUCUAACAACGAGACUGCUUCGUGUGCCUGCCCAAGUGGCUUGGACCUGCAGGCCGACGGCUUCACGUGCAUAGAAAAGCCGGACUCGUUCCUGCUCUUCGCUCACCGCGGUGACAUCCGUCGCCUUUGCCUGAACUGCACGGACGACGUGGACGUCACUAUACCACUCCGAAGCGCCAUUAGCGCCGUUGACCUCGACUGGGACGCUACCACCGACAUGAUAUUCUGGACGGACGUCACCCACCACUCAAUCCUGAAGGCCAAGUGGAACGGCGACGACCAAGAGGUCGUGGUCGGUACGAACGCGGAGAGCGUGGCUGGCCUGGCUUUGGACUGGGUGAACCGGAAGUUGUACUGGACGGACGCUGCGAACGACAGGAUCGAAGUUGCCAACCUGGACGGGAACCACCGGGCUGUGCUGAUCUACGACGGCCUGGACAAGCCGCGUGGAAUUGUUGUGGAUCCCAUCCGGGGGUACAUGUACUGGACGGAUCUGGGCGACCUACCGAAAAUCGAGCGGUCGAGCAUGGGGGGUCAGCAAAGGUCGGUCAUCGUGCAGCACAAUCUGACCUGGCCCAACGCGCUGGCGAUGGAUUACUCCACAGAGACGCUCUACUGGACCGACGGCGCGACCAAGACCAUAGAGCUCAUCCACAUCGCCACCAUGAAAAGAAAGGUGCUCAUGUCCCAUGACCUUCCUCACCCGUUCGGGCUUACGGUGUUCGAUGGCCGCGUCUACUGGACCGACUGGGACAAGAAGGCCAUAUUGUCGGCCGAUGCUGCUACGGGCGAGAACAGGAGAACCGUCCUGCCGGGCCGCGAUGGCCUCCGCAACAUACUCGUCUUUCAUCGAAACAGACCUUCAGUACCAAACGCAUGCUCGUCGAAUAACGGCGGCUGCAGCCACCUGUGCCUUAUCGCGCCCAAGCCAAAGGGUUUUGUAUGUGCCUGUCCCACUGGGACGAUGCUCCUCAACGACACCAAAACAUGCUCAAGAGGAAUGAGACGUUUCCUUAUCUUCUCUCGUAGAACGGAAAUACGAAAAAUGUCUCUCGACGUGCCUUACUGGGCAGAUGUGGUUAUUCCGCUCAGAAAUCUACGAAAUGUCGUCGCCGUUGACGUCGACACGGGUGAUGAACAAAUUUACUAUGCCGAUGCCGAACGCCACGUUAUUCAAAGCUGUGAUACAGACGGAGGCCGCGUAAAGGACGUGGUCUCUUUCGGUUUGGAGACGCUUGGAGGCCUCGCUGUCGACACCAUCGGCCGCAAGCUCUAUUGGACAGACUCUGGCAGGAGCCUUAUCGAGGUAUCCGAGUUGGACGGAAAGCACAGGCACGUGCUCGUCUGGAAAGAUGUCGACAGUCCGCGCGCAAUCGUGCUACAUUACGAAAAGGGUGCUAUGUUUUGGACUGACUGGGGAAACAAGAUCCGAAUUGAAUCAGCUCACAUGGAUGGAGAAAACAGAGCCCUCCUGGUCCAGGACGGCUUGGGUUGGCCCCACGGGCUUACUCUUGACAAAGAGUCAUCGCGCCUGGUAUGGGCUGAUGCCAAGCUGCAUGUUAUCGAGUCAACUGGCCUUGACGGAAGGAAUCGCAAGGUGCUUGCCCGAGACGUCGCCCACCCGUACGGCGUGUUAGCAUUCUCCGGACACCUGUACUGGACCGACUGGGAGACAAAGGCCAUCCAUCGAUCUGACACGAAUGGCCAAAAUGGGCAGACGAUACGGGCGAACCUGGCUGGUCUCAUGGACAUACACGGUGUAAACACCCAGUACAGUGGCAUCAACUCAUGCGGAAGGACCAACGGAGGAUGUAGCCACUUGUGCCUCAGAAAGCCGCAUGGAUUUUCGUGUGCGUGUCCAACUGGAAUUCUUCUCAAAUCUGACGAUAGGACAUGUUACGAAGCACCAUCUGCGUUUUUGUUAUUUGCCAACCGUGGCAGCCUUCGGAAAAUUUCGUUAGACACUGCCGACAACACUGAUAUGCAUCUACCUCUGAAUGAUGUCUACAACGCCGUGGCAGUUGACUUUAACUACGACGAAUGGAAGCUCUACUACACUGAUGUUACACUUGAUGUGAUUAGGAGAGUGGACUUAAACGGUAGCAAUGUGGAAGUCAUUAUAGACCGUGAUCUAGAAGCCGCCGAUGGUUUAGCACUAGACUGGAUUGCGAAGAACAUUUAUUGGGCCGACUCACGACGCAAGACUAUUGAGGUUGCUCGGGCUGAUGGGUCGAGCCGGAAACUCCUGAUAAACCUUGACCUCGACGAGCCGCGUGCGCUUGCUCUCUUUCCCGAAAAAGGAUACAUCUUCUGGUCAGACUGGGGCAAGCUGCCAAAAAUUGAACGCUCAUUUCUGGACGGCAGCGCGAGAAGGGUCAUGAUAGCCACCGACCUUGGCUGGCCCAAUGGAUUGGCCAUUGACUACGAGACGGAAAGGUUGUAUUGGGUCGAUGCUCAGUUGGACUGCAUCGAGUUUUCGGACCUCAACGGAAAGAGCAGACAAAAGCUCAUUGAAGGCGUGUCUCACCCCUUCGGACUUACUCAGUACCAGUCCUACAUAUACUGGACGGACUGGCACACCAAAGCCAUUGAAAAAGCUCACAAAGAAACGGGUGCUGAGCGUGUCAUCAUUCGGGAAAACAUUGAGUACCUGAUGGAGAUCAAGAUGGUGGCGCGUUCCAGGCAGAGUGGUACAAACUCCUGCAGUGUGAGGAAUGGUGGAUGUUCCCACCUGUGCUUGUACAGGCCACACGGGCACAUCUGUGCCUGCCCCAGCCAGCCAGAUUCAAGGCAUUGCUCAACAUUUCCAGACAUGACAGCACCAAGUGAGUUGCCAACAAUUCCUACGGUCCUGCCAUCGGCACUGCCAAACACAUCAAGCGCUGGUUGCAGUUCAUCUGAUAUGGCAGGAGGAAGAUGCCACGUCAUAGGAUUCAAAUUUUAUGAUCCCAUGUUCCAGAGCACAUAUAUUGCCCUCAGUGUCGUUGGAGGAGCACUUUUGUUGCUCCUGUUGGGGGCACUGUUGCUCUGGUGCAAGAAGAGCAGGGGCAACCGUUCCCUCGAGAGGGGUCAAGCUCCGCACAUGGCCCGAUAUUCUAAUCAUUCACCCGGUCCCGCUGACUACCUCGACAAGAAACCCUGGGGUUGGAGCCCCAAGGUACGCUAUGAUAAUCACGAGCCCGCGCUUGUAGGCAUCAGCGGCAAAGACAAGCUGGACAACCUAGAGGUCGCCGCUCUGGUGAGCAAACGCCUCGACGAGCUGGAGUCGGGCAUGCUGUCCCUCUCGUCAGGUGGUGGAGACGGCAAGGGCCUGUACAGCUUGGGUCUCCAAGGUUGCCCGACGCCACCGUCGCCUCCCAGGGUUGCCUGUCCUCGGCACUCGCCUCACAGCAUCAGGAGCGGUGGCUCUCUGCGGAGAACGCUGCCGCACGACAUGCACCAGCAGCCUCAUCAACAUCAGCAUCACUUGCCCUCGGUGGAGACGGACAUUUGAGAACGACUUCCCGUUAGCCCGCGAGCGCGUUGCUCUCUUCCCCAAGGACCGGAGUCCUUAUCGCCGGAACACACAGCUCAAGCGUCAUCGGCAGCAAACGAAUAGUAUUGUGUUCCUGUGGAUGAACGAUCUCAAAGGUCACGUGUAUGAAACAUGUGCCCUUUCGCCCUUCGUGCGUGGCUUACAAAGUGCAAAGUCGAACAAAGUGCUAGAUGCUGUAUUUUAACCCUCACAUACUUUAUGUGUCUUUUCGUUUUGUGUUUACGCAGAUGCGCGCACAUAGCACGGAUAGUUUCACCAUAUUGGUGAACAAUAUACACGAGAAGUUUUGGCUAUAGUGCUCGAUAAAACAUUCAGAUAACUCUUGAAUGUUUUUUUUUCUUAUUUUCGCUAACGUGCAGUCUGUAGCAUUAUGUUAUCCUGUAUUAGAUCCUCUAUUAAGACUGCCAUUACGUAGCCGAGUGUUGGCGUAAUGAACGGAAUUAGCGCGACUCUUGGUUACUUCUGAGAGCACGACUGUGUAAAAAGUCGUGCAGCACUGUCUGUCUACAUUGCGAAGGACGCAGGAAAUCUGCACGCACGUGCAUUUUGGAAACAUUGAUAAAUUUGCUCGCUUUAUUACUACUAACGGCAAGGUUGAAUUUAACCGGGUAUUAUAUUAGCAAGUCGUAAAGCCUAUCGACUCCAAAACAACUAAAUCACAAGGAGUUACAAGAUACUGGAAACCGCAGCACAAAUAACCUGCGCUAUAUCUUGCAUGGUGUGCUUUUAAAGAUAUAGAAAGAUUUUUUUCUCACUUUUGUAUAAUUUCACCGGUUAGCAAUAUUUGUUACUUCUGCAUUCAACUGGAUGGUAAGCAUUGAACUGGGCGAUUUAAAAAUUUCUGGUUGACAAGUCAAAUAACAAUUUUUGUUUUAGGAAUGUCCGGAGCUCACGAAACACAUUUUGAACGCUUUCUCGCAAACGAUUCCACAUACUAGACGACUAUCUUAUAUCAAUCAUGCCAGUCAGCCUGCUGAUAUUUACCGACGUUAUAUAAGAACAGCAGUGUUAAACAGAAAUCUGGCGAUGCGUUCUUGAAAGCGUGAAGCGUUAUAAAGACCCGUUAUGCACAUUCUGCCAGCUCAUAUUAGGUACUGUGACACUCGUUAAAGCUGCGCACCUUGUUAGCAAAAACUACGGUUGUUUUUUACCGGUUAAGCAGGCCAGGUAAAUAUAUGGUAAAUGCUAGGGGACCUGGCUUGUGCUCUGACGUUGUGUGUUAGAAUUUAGAGAUAAGACGUCCAUUUGAAUUUUGUUUCCGCGAGUGAAGUCGCAAACGUUGUACAUAACAACGAAGAGAGCUUGAUAACGUAGGUGAAUUUCUUGUUUUUAUCAUACAGCGAGCUAAACCCCAUGAUGAUUUUACAGCAAGGAUGAGCGUGACGAUGCAGAAUUACGGCUGAAGCCUCACUGAGCCUGGUCGAGUACUCGUAGCCGAAAUGAUCCUAAACUCCAUAUCUAUUUCUCAGUCAGUCUUUAAGCGGUAUUUGCGUCUUCACACUGAUGCUAUAAAACACAGGUCAUGUAUGAUACAUGACAAGGCAAGUUUUGCUUUCGCGCCUGACAAGUUUCUUCCCUUCCGGGCUACCUUACAUAAGGAUGUGCCACAGAAUCCUAAUAAUAAGAUGGAAAGCUUGUUUUUUUGUUUUGUUUACCCAUAUUUCCAGCUUUACACCACAUUACCAGGAAUAAAACGCUGCGAAUAUAUAUUUCGAAUAUACGUGCUGAUUGUUGGCUUUCUGCAGAAAAAUAUCACUUCAGCAUUAGCUUGAAGUUUCGCCGACAUUCACAUGCUUAACACAUACGUAUUCUUCGUUGACGUAAUCGUCAGAAAACAUUUACUAAUCGGUGGCAUGUUAACACUAACAACAGGGAUAUGUUACUGUGCUGGAGAGGUGAGGGAAGAUGCGAGUAAUAUUACACGGAACCUCAAGUUUCUACCUUCGCUGCAGUGAUAUCUGGCGCGAAGUAAGCCAGCAACCUAGUUUAUUGUUUUAAUGCAGAAUUGUGGCGCAGUGCUUUCUUUAUCAAGGUCAUAUUAUCGCUCGUAGCUAUAAACUAAGCUCUUACUUCUGUGCAGCCUUCUCCGUGCUGCAACGGCUAGCUCGCAUUUCAAUUUUCAUUUCUACAAGAAUUAACAUUUAGUCCGGUAAACUGCCAAACGCGGCUUGUGCAGCUGCAGCUGCAUCUGCCACGCAGCUGCCCAUGGCGCAUGGGACUUCUGUUUCCUAUGGGCAUUGGCUUUCCUGGCAUGACAGCCACUGCGCUGGACACUGCGCAAGCGUUGAAUAAGCGCCGUUGCUGCAGAGCCUUACACGGGCGCUUAAAGUACGAUGUCCUAUUAUGUCAAAGUGAAAUCCACCACGCUAGUAUGUAAUAACAGGCUGUACCACUCGCGUGUAAGGUACCACUCAAAUAGCACAGUUUUCUUCAAGGAAUCCCCACUUGCUGCUUGGAAGUGCCUCACAGUUCCGAGACGAAUGCGGCAAAAGGGAAGGAAAAAACAUCUAUCGGCGCGGGAAUCUAGCGCCUGGCUCCUGCCAUCGCAGCUGAGCUUGUAGCAGUGCUGCUCUCUUUUUUUUUUCCGUAACUAGAUUUUAACUUUAAUAAAGACUGGCAUGGUUCAUUAUGUGCAUGCAGCAAGCGAGUGGUUUGCUGCAUGAGUUUGUAAUGCGUGGCGUGACUGUUGUGCGGUGUGUUCUCAUUAUAUAUGUACAUAAGGACAAUUAUGCGUGUUUGUGCGUACAUAAGCUGCUAAUAAGUGAAUAGCGAGAGACGUUUAUAUUGCGACUUUGUACAGCAGGGAUGACAUCAGGGGUGUACAUAGCGUAGGGUCAUUAAAUUUCGCAGUAAUGUUGAAAUAUACUAUUUCACCAGUGCGAAGCAUCCGGGAAGUGUUGUUCGUCUCAACUGCUUCCUUGCUUUGUUUUAAAUGUGGUAUCAUAAAGGUGUUCCAUAAGACUGUUGAAGAUGAUAAUAAAGAUU